AUGGCGGUGGCGCUCGUUAGUUCGGCUCGUCAGGUGGGGAGGCUAACAAAUGCCGCUAGAAGACUUUAUUCUGAUGUUUAUCCUAAAAUAACAACACAUUAUACGAUACAUCCUAGAGAUAAAGACCCAAGAUGGAAAGAAAUAAACAUGGAACGGAUGGUAGAGGAGACAGAUAUUUUAAUUAUUGGAGGAGGUCCAGCAGGAAUGGCAGCUGCAAUCAGAGCUCGACAGAUUGCCGAAGAAAAGGGGGCUGAGGUGAGAGUGACACUACUAGAGAAGGCUGCAGAAAUUGGUGGCCAUAUUUUAUCUGGUGCAUGCGUGGAUCCAAUUGCUUUGAAUGAACUUAUACCUGAUUGGAAAGAGAAAGGUGCUCCAAUGAAUACCCCAGUCAAUGCCGACAAGUUUGGUCUACUCACAAAGACUGGAAGAAUACCAAUACCUGUUUUUCCAGGACUACCCAUGUAUAAUCAUGGCAACUAUGUAGUACGACUAGGACAUUUAGUUCGUUGGAUGGGAGAGCAAGCAGAGGCAGCUGGGGCAGAGAUCUGGCCGGGAUGUGCGGGUGCUGAAGUAUUAUAUCGCGAAGACGGCUCACUGCGUGGCGUGGCUACUGGCGACGUCGGCAUCGCCAAGGACGGGAGCCCUAAAGACACUUUCGAGAGGGGCAUGGAGUUUAAUUCCAAGAUCACCAUUUUCGCUGAAGGUUGUCACGGCCAUUUGACUAAAAUGGUAUCAAAUAAAUAUAAUCUUAGAGAGAAGAGCGAACCACAGUCUUAUGGUAUCGGUUUGAAAGAGCUAUGGGAAGUCAAACCUGAGAACCAUAAACCGGGCUUAGUAGAGCACACUAUUGGUUGGCCUCUAGACAAGAAUACAUACGGUGGUUCGUUUAUAUAUCACCUGAACGUGCCCGAGGGCGAAGCCCCGCUGGUGGCGGUCGGCUUCGUCGUAGGCCUGGACUAUUCCAAUCCAUACAUUAGCCCCUUCAAAGAAUUCCAGCGGUUCAAGUUGCAUCCGUACAUCAAACCGUUAUUUGAGGGUGGCACUCGUAUAUCGUACGGCGCGCGUGCUCUGGUGGAGGGCGGUUGGCAAUGCCUGCCGCAGGUGACGCUCCCCGGCGCGGUGCUCACCGGGGACUGCGCUGGAUUCCUCAACGUGCCCAAGAUCAAGGGCACACAUAACGCCAUCAAGUCAGGAAUGUUGGCAGCCGAAACAGCAAUGGAUCUCAUAAUCAAGGGUGAAGCGACCCAUGACAGUGGAGUGGUACCGACCGCUUAUUCAGAGAAACUUCAGAACUCAUAUGUUUAUAAGGACUUGAAGCAAGUGAGAAACUGCAGACCUUCCUUCCAUACCAAGUUAGGUUUGUACGGUGGCGUCGCAUAUUCUGCCUUCUCUACGCUAAUACGAGGCAAGGAGCCGUGGACACUUAGUCAUGGAGGUGCGGAUCAUGCCAAAUUGAAGCCGGCAAAGGAGUGCACCCCCAUCGAGUAUCCGAAACCAGAUGGUGUUAUAACAUUCGAUCUGCUCUCAUCUGUAGCCCUAACAGGUACAAACCAUGAAUCGGAUCAGCCUCCGCAUUUGACGUUAAAGGAUGACUCGAUACCUGUAAAGAGGAAUCUAGCAGUAUUUGAUGGACCUGAAGCAAGAUUCUGUCCAGCUGGUGUCUAUGAAUUUGUGCCGAUGGAGACUGGUGACGGGCAGCGCCUUCAAAUAAACGCACAAAACUGCAUCCAUUGUAAAACGUGUGAUAUCAAAGAUCCAUCACAAAAUAUUAACUGGGUGGUGCCGGAAGGCGGCGGCGGCCCAGCUUACAACGGCAUGUAAAUUUUAAGCUAAUUACGACCAUAUUAUUUGAGUGAUGAGGCUUAAUUUUGUAAUGAAUAUAUUCGACAGCACAUGUGAAUUUACUGUAUAUAAACUUGAAGUCUUAAUUGCGUCUACAGCAAUAUUUGGUUAUUAUUAGGAUAUUUUUAACCACAAAUCAUGAACUAUUAGAAAGAAUCCUUUUUUACUUUAAUCCUUAUUUCAUAAUAUUUUGUUUGUGAAAACUAUAGUAAAUAGAAAUAUUCAGAAUUUAAAUAGAAUGUUAAGUUAAAGGUCCAAACAGAAAAUUCUUUCCAACGUUUCCUUUAGUCUUCUUCUUCUUCAUUUUUUUAAAUCAUGGCCUAUUUGCGUUAACACAAUUCCGCCAAUGUCACGUUUGUGGUCUAUACACGUAAAUCCUUUAGCCUUUAGAAGAAUAUAAUGUCACCUCUAUAGAUGUCAAUAGACUUUUUUAUUGACAUCUCUUACUGGAUUCUGGCGAAAUCCACAAGAUAUUCUUCUUCUUCUUUUUAAGCCAAUAAUUGAAAAGAAGAAGAAUACAACAGUAGGAAGGACUAUUAUGAUUUUUUAAUAUUUUUAAAUAUUAUUCUGGAUUAAGUUUGUCUAUAACAUAACAAUUAAAAAUGAUAAGGAAAAUGUUGAAGUACUUAUAAUUGUUUAUAUCUGGAAAGAUAGGUGCAACGCCAGCUUUUUGUGGCACUUAUCUUAAAGGACCCUUAAAGCUAAGGUCACUAUACUAUUGCAUUCAUAAAAAAGAGGAGAGAGGAUUUUUUAACCGGCCUCAAUAAUCGAACAGGCUCUAUACAUCUGUGUGCCUAUAUAUUUAUAAUCUGAUAUUAGGCAAUAAAAAUAUAUAAAAAAGUUGACAUCGUAAAUUGACUGAUCUUCAAAUUGAAAACACACAUUUAACUUACAAUAUCAUAAUUAUGUGUUAUUAUAGAUCAAUAAUUGUUAUCUGCAUAACUAAUUUUAAAUUAUCUCAUAUACUUCCUGUAACUUAGUGAUUGUUAAGUAGAAUUACUUUAAAACACAGCAAUAAUGAUGUCGACCAUUUCAGAUUAUAAAUGUUUUAUAUAUAUUUCAAAUGGGUCAUUUUAAAUUCCAUUCAAAAUUUGUUACCUAUAAACCAAUUCUUGAAGGAUUUUGAAAUGUUUAAAUUUUUCAGACAUGUCUUUUUCUGACUGUGUCAAUCAUAUCCUGAGAUAAAUACCCUCAAAAUCCAUGUCCAUGUAUUCCAAUUUUAAUAUAACGAAUGAAGUGUAUUAUUUUGAUAUCGUUUUAUCUAUUUGUAUACAAAAUAAAUCAUGAGAUUUUUAUGUUAUUUAGUAAAUACAUAUAAUUAAACUAUUGUACUAUCAAGAUGUAAUUGUAUUUUUUUAACCAUAAGCGCUCUUAUAUCUAAGUAGCGAUCUCUUUUUAAUUCCCUUUAUCAGAACAGAUAACAAAAUAGAUUAUUAAUUAUUUGCUACAACUGUAUGAUAUUAAGGAAAAUGCUUUUGGAAUUAUUACAAUCGUCUGUUAUUAAGUAUAUAAUUUUGUAAAUGGAAUUAAUAAGAAAACUUUAUAUUAAAGAUAAUAACGUAUAUUUCAUAUCAUCAUUUUAGUUUUAUAGUUUUAUUUAUUUAGUUAGCUAAUGUCAAUAAUGGUAAGGGCCAAGUCACGCCGUGAUAUAUAUUUUAAACUAUGAUUUUAUCAGUGCUUUAGGUUUGCACAGACGAAAUAUGAAUAAAAAACAUGUUAUUUAUUCAGUUGAAAUUGUAAAAACAAUAUGUUUCAGCGAAAAAAAUUAUAAAUAAUUUGUUUGAUUGAUUUUUGUAAUAUGUAGAGCAAGUUGGAUUUCCAAAUUUUUCAGCCAUUCACAGGUCCGUAUUUGGUCUCGGCGCUUCAUUUAGCAAAAGGGCGUCAAUUAAAUACGUAUGACAAUUUUUGCCUCCUUAAUGAAAAAAGAGCACUGACCGACCCUUGUUUUAUAAUUGUUUUGUUCUUAAAAGAAACAAUUUUGAAUUUAUUCGUUUGUUGACCUUUGAAUUAUUUUGAGAUAGAUACUGAGGUGGUCCCUGGAGCUGCGGCGCACAUUUUGGGAACUCCUGACAUACUAUACUUUUUAAACACUUGUUAUUUUAUGAUUGUUGUCAUUCUCUUUGUGAAUUGAGCCCUAAUGAAUAUUAUAUUGGAUUUGUUCACAGUAACAAUAUAAGUUGCACUGAUGUAUGUACCUGCGCAGAAGUUUAAUUUUUUAGAAGCUUGUAAUAGCCAAUAUUAACGUUAUGCGUUUGCGCUUGUGCCGUGUUCAUCUUUAAGGUAACGCAUUAAAGUCUUUAUUUCAAGGAUGUCAAUACUCUUAUUUCAUCGGCUAUCGUUUAUUCUUUUCUGCGCAGACGCAGUUAUUUACUUUGCUACUUUUAAAUAUAUUUUAUAUAUUGGGUAAAUGAUGUAAUUGUAAAGAUUUACGAGUGAUACGCCGAAAGUUCAUAUUUAGUACAUAAGUGUUAAUUUUAUACUAAAGUUUUACAAUAUUAAAUACAUACUGUAUUUUCCA